GCUUUUUACAAAAGUCUCUGUGUUUUUUUUUUUUUUUUUAGUGUUUCUGCUGUUUUACGAUGGCUUCCAGUGUUUCUCAGCCCAAAUAUGUCCUCUGUACCUUGAUAGACAAGAAUGACCAGUCCAGAUAUGUCUGUUUCGCGCAGAAGAAGGCAGGAGGGACGAGCAUUGGACUGAGCAAUGGUUUGGAUGUUUGGAAUGCAGAUCUUUCAGAGGAAAGCCUGUCCCAGCUUAAGAAGAAGUUUUCUUUGAAGUCUACAGAGGAUUAUGCUCUGAAACUUAAGGGUGCUUGCAGGAGUGGCAGUGCAUUCGUCUCCAUGCAGGAGGAUGGUGCUGUGCUUCACCUAGGCUCUGAACCUGCAGACCUGAGUUUGUCUCUCUCAAAACUGGCAGAUUAUGAGGGAAGGAUAGAGCUCAAAGAUCUGCUCUUUAAAAUGGCGGACAGCUUGACUCAGGAGGACAACACAGGAGCCACAUCUUUAUCAAGCCCUUUCAAGAACCCACAGAAGAAGAGCACUGGAUUUGAGCCUAGGAACCAGAGCAACGGCCCAGCAAUAGCUGUAAGGAAACGCCUUCCAGGGGAUUCACUCAUCAACCCAGGAACAAGAAGAAAGCGGCCUGCUACAGGAGUAGAUUUUGACGAUGGAGAUGACGCAUAGGGUCAGCGCACAUGAAUCUCCUGAAGCUAAUAAUUACUUGACAUGAAUGUCCCAGUUUUAACCCACCAACACUGUCACUGCAGUUACUCCUAACUAUUACUAUACUAUUUUUAACCAAUACAUAACAUUAACACUAUGGACUGAUUAUGAACUACAUCUUUUUGGGAAUAUUCCAAUUAUGAAGCAAGCAUGAUUUAAACAUUUUAACUAUAUAUCUAAAUAAACAUUAUUUUUUAAAAAUA